AUGGAAAAUCAAACUACUGUGAAUGAGUUUAUUCUCUUGGGACUUUCUAGUGACCCACAACUCCAAAUUUUACUGUUCUUUGUGUUUUUGGUGAUAUACCUAAUCACCCUAGUGGGAAAUGCAGUUGUCAUGCUGGUGAUAAGAGCUGAUUCUCACCUUCACGCCCCCAUGUAUUUCUUCCUGUUUCACCUAUCCUUUGUUGAUAUCUGCUAUUCCUCAGCUGUUGUCCCAAAGAUGCUGGUGAACUUUCUAAGAAAGCAUAAAACUAUUUCUGUCACUGGUUGUUUUACCCAAAUGUUCUUCAUCUUUCUCUCAGCUACUUCUGAAGCAUUUGUGCUCUCAGUAAUGGCUUAUGACCGUUAUGCUGCCAUAUGUAACCCCCUGCGUUAUGUGAGGUCUAUGAACAAAAAUGUGUGCAGGCAGCUAGUGGGUGCUUCCUGGACAGUAAGUCUUAUGCAUUCAAUGCUCAAUACAGUUCCUGUAUUAAAGUUGCACUUCUGUGGUCCCAAUGAAAUUGGGCAUUUUAGCUGUGAGCUUCCCCUACUACUAGCACUGUCCUGCACAGAGACAAUUGCCAACAAAAUAUCUCUUCUUUCUUCUGGUGUCAUCUUUGGUGUUUGCACUUUCCUCCUCAUGUUUUUUUCUUACUUCCAUAUAAUCUCCACCCUCCUGAGGAUACGCUCUGCAGAGGGUAGACAUAAAGCCUUCUCCACCUGCAGCUCCCACCUUAUUGUGGUGGGUUUAUUUUACACAACAGCUCUUUUUCAGUACCUGAAACCCAAGUCCAUUUCUUCAGUGAUCCUCACUGAAGUAUUUUCCAUCCAGUACACCAUCUUAACCCCCAUGUUAAACCCUCUCAUUUAUAGCCUGAGGAAUAAAGAAGUGAAAACAGCCAUGGGCAGGAUUUUUUUAAAAAAACAAUAA